CGAGCACCAGAUAAAUGGGUUUGGUCGGCCGAUUGAGCAAGUGCGUUGUGACCGUUUCGUAAACAAUUUCAUGGUCGCCCUUUUCGGAGCCGUUCAUACGCUUCAUUAGAUAAUUAAACUAAUUAUAACAAUGACAAUAUAUGAUGAUUCAAAACAUUCAUACCGUUUCACUGUGAAAUAGGUUAAGCAAAAAUGCCGGUAAAACUGCUAAAAACGAUCUGGGUUACCAACAACCUACUGGCGCUUUUGCUUUCGGUUUUAUAUGAUCAUCACGUCUCAUCAUGGUCUGUUAUAUUGGAGCAUCUUCUUCGGCGCACUGUCCAUAGCGGGGGAAUAUGACAUAUUGGCUUUAGUAUCGCGAAAAUGGCCAUAAAUGUGUAUUUAGCAGAUAUCCUUAUUGCUUCGGUUAUUACCUUGCUACUCACCGCUAUUCCAUGCAGCGGUCAAGCGUAUGGCGGUUAUGCCGGCCGGCUGGGUGGUUACUCCUUAGCCGGAUCCUACUCUAAUUUCGUGGGCAACUGUACACCCAUGUACAGCUCCAGCUCCGGAUCCUACGGAUCCAGCUACGGAUCCGGAAGUUCAUACGGCGGCGGAUCUUACGGUUAUGCCACAACAGCCGCCCCGGGAGUCAAUCUCACCAACUGCGGAUACGACGCGGAUGCCAUGAAAGUCUUCGGCUAUUACGGAUACGAUUUCCCCAAGCCGCCCAUUGGUCUGAGUUAUCCGAAUAUCGGCUGGCCGUAUUCCAUUCCCUAUCCCUACUACACACCGCCGCCAUACGGACCCAUCGGCAUCCCGUACUACGGCACACCGGUAGUCGGUUAUAAUCCUUAUUUGUUUGGAUUCGGCAGUUAUGAUGGCAUCUACGGCGGGGCACGGGGUGGGAAGUACGAAAUUAAGGAAGUACCGGCAGCGUAUAAGCCCAGUAAUGUCUACAAGGGAUACAAAUUUGGCCCGGGUGGUCAAAUCAUUGCCUACUAUUAGGCGAUCGGCGGCCCGGCUGCAAUGUGAUACCACGUGUGUCAUUAUGCUUCAUUUAUGGCGGACACCGAGCUUUCAGUUUGAUUGGCCCCCGGGCGGACGCUGCAGAGAUUGUAUUACAUGGAAAUUGAUGGCACUCAUAACCUAUUUGCUACUGUUUUGUUGUUUGUUCCACAUCGUUCCUUCUUGAAUUCGUUGGUGUUUUGGCAAUCGAAAGAGAAAAGAGAUCUUGAGAAAUCGUUAGCGUUA